GCCCCCAAAACACACACAAACACACACACACACACACACACAUAUAGAUACACUCUCACCACACUUUCCUAUUAAGUAAUUUCUCUCUCUUUCCUCCAUUGAAAACUCUCUCUCACACACCAAAGAAGAGAGACAGAUACAGAAACACCCACCACACACACACAUUCAACCAAAAAAAAAACAAAAAAGAAAUUGAAAUUAAUUUCGAUUGUGCAUAACACAAUGUCAACUCUGAAAGCCGACGAUCCACGCAUCCCAGCCAUUCAAUCAAGAAUCCGCGUUGUGCCCAACUUCCCCAAACCAGGGAUAAUGUUUCAAGACAUAACCACACUUUUACUCGACCCAAAAGUCUUCAAAGACACCAUUGAUUUGUUCGUCGAGCGCUACAAGUUCAAGAACAUUUCUGUUGUUGCUGGUAUAGAGGCUAGGGGGUUUAUAUUCGGUCCCCCUAUAGCAUUAGCAAUCGGAGCAAAGUUUGUUCCGUUGAGAAAACCAAAUAAACUGCCAGGUAGAGUUUUCAGACAAGAGUACGAGUUGGAAUACGGAAGUGAUUGUCUUGAAAUGCAUGUUGGAGCAGUUGCUUCGGGCGAGCGUGCUUUAGUAGUCGAUGAUCUAAUUGCUACUGGUGGCACUCUUUGUGCAGCCAUCGACUUAUUAGAACGUGCUGGAGCUGAAGUAUUCGAGUGUGCUUGCGUCAUCGAAAUACCAGCUCUCAAGGGACGAGAGCGGUUAAAUGGCAAGCCGGUAUUUGUACUCGUGGACUCCCAAUAGUAAAACUUUCGGACAAGGUGUGACCUUUGUCACUAUAUAUCAGAAACUUCUGUUAUUCGAAUGUUUUCAUCUGCAAAUUUUUUUUUUCCGGUUUUACGUCUCGGAUCAGUACUCAAUAUUCCGGAAGGUCAUUAAUAUAUGUUUACGAGCAUAGGGAUUUUGUGGUGAAAGGCUUGUUAACAAAUAACAUUAUUUGUGAACAAAAUUUCUGGGUAGAUUGGUUAUAUUAUUCCACUGUAUUUUGGUUCUUUUUACCCAUCUUA